AUGGAUACAACGUUCGAUUAUUCAAGAAAAGAGCAACUUUCUUUAGUUGUUCGUUAUAUAAAAGAUUUAAAUGUUUAUGAACGUGUUAUUGCUGUUCAUGAAGUCACUUCCACUACAGGUCAAAAUUUAUUAGAAGUAUUCACAAAAAUAUGUUUGGAAUUAGAUUUGAAUUGGAAAAAAUAUCUUGUCGGUCAGGCCUAUGAUGGUGCAUCAAAUAUGCGUGGAGCUUACAACGGUCUACAAGCUCUUAUUAAAAAGCAUAAUUCUUCAGCCUUAUAUGUAUGGUGUUGGGCACAUCGUCUAAAUCUUAUUAUAACAGACGCAGUUAAUAGUUGUACAGAUUCAGUUAAAUUAUUUGGUAUCCUUGAAACUAUAUAUGAUUUUAUUUGUUCAAGCAAAAAUAUAGUGUCACUUUUUGAAAAACACCAAAAAAUGUUGUAUCCUGGUAAAUCUAUACGUCGACCAAAGAGAGUUGAAACAACCCGUUGGAUGUCUCAUAGUUAUGCAUUAAAUAACAUUUUAUCUACAUAUCAUGCUCUUCUUGAAACAUUGGAAGAGCUUAUGAAGCCUGGAAAGCUAGUGAUCGAAAAGAAAUUAGUCAAGCCAAGAAGAUAUGCAGAAGAAUCAAUAGAAGAACCAAUUAUAGAUCCAGUGAAAACAUUUAAGAUAAAGACAUUUUUGCCCAUAAUAGAUGUAACUAUAACACAAAUCUCAGAUCGAUUUAGUGAAAGAUACCUCAAAAGAGAAUACUUACAAUUUUCACAUGAAUAUUGGAAUUUUGAAUGCAUAAAAAAACUUCCGGAAAAUUUUUACAAUUCAAGUGAUUAUUUACUAUCAGAUAUUGAAAAUAGUAGUGAUAGUGAAGAUGAAGAACAAGAAAACAAGACUAAAAAUAGUGUGUUUGAAAAUGUAAGAACAUUAAAAAUUUCACUAACAUUACCUACAUCUAGUGCAUCACCUGAACGAAUAUUUUCUAAAUUGAAAUUGGUUAAGAAUAAAUUGAGAAGUACAAUGAGUGCAGAAAGAUUGGACGGACUAAUGUUGAUAGCUUGUGAGACUGAUAUUCAUAUCGACGAAGAUAAAGUUUUUGAUAAUUUUGCAAAUUCAAGUACAUAUCUAAAAAAUCAACUUAUUUAA